AUGCCUCCUUCCCCUGAGGCUGAGAGCAGCGAGUUCUCCAACAACGAGUUGGAAUACGCUGAUGAUAUGUUUUCAGACCACAAGUUUGAGACCACUGGCACUGAUGAGUGUGAUCUCAAGCAUGCCCCAAAACAUCCCGCUAACUGUGGAGGUGGUUCCUCAGCUGGGCUUGCGACCAGUGUCAUGGCAAAGGGGGAAGAAGGUGGCCGGGGAUCCAAGCCGUCAGCUCUAAGCAAGACACGGGUGAUCGAGCUCGUCGCUGAUGAGAAGAAGCUCAACCACGAGAAGAGGCCCGGGGAGCCCAUGUACGUUGACGACCUGGCGGAGUACCUCCACGUGCUUCUGGCAAUGAACGGGAUGGAGUUCUUGGUCAGUUGGCUGCGUGGUGAGCUGAUCCUCUUCUGUCAGGUCACGGGUAUCACGGGUAGUCAACCAGAUGCUUUGACCCAGCUUCAGUAUCAUGGUAUGGAGCUCACGCUGGUCCGGGACCCCCAUUUCAGUGUACCUCCUCUUCCACAUGCCUUCCUCCUGGGGCUGCUGUUUCACAUCCAGGCAUUCAAGUCACAAGGCAUCAAACACCCUGAGGAUCUCUACAGCCUGCGUGUUCUGAAUGGGCUCAAUCAGCAAAAGCUCUCACUGCAUGAUGAUCUGACAGAUCAGUUCAUCUUCUGCUCAACUGUCCAUGAAAGAGAUACCAUCUGCAUUACACAUGAGAUCCGGUUGACCACAGCUUCAGUGCAGACUCAAAUGAAAAAGAGUGGCGAGAUCAUAGGCUUCCAGCAGGUUACAAAGCUGUAUGUUCUCUGUGAUGCAGUGGUGAAGGGUUUCAACAAGAGCCGCGAGUGUCUAACUCAUCUACCAUGGCCGCAAACUGCAGAAGGUGCUGAUGAGGGUGGUGUGCUUGAUGAGCUGGUCCAUCAACUUCUGCUGACCCUGGAAGCUGACGCCGGAGCAGUCGAGAUUGGUAAACCACCAGGCGCGCAUUCUGAAGACUUCCGGAUGAUCAUAAUCGAUGCGGCCCUAAUGCUGCCAUUAAAGACCCCAGAGGCGGAACUGCAACGACGGAUCACCGCCCUUCACACCGUCAGUGCAUACUGCGGUGCUGAAGAGGGGCCGCUCUGCCGUCGACGUGGUUAUGGCUCCAAGCCCAGGCCGACCACCGUGGAGCUAACGGCCGUUAAGGCGGGAGUGAUGGACCAGCCAUUAUCGACCGCGCUCCUUGAGUCGUCCGUUCAAGAGGUCCGGACGGAACGGGGAUCUGACCAAACACUUCCAGAGGCGGCAUGUGAAGAAGUUUCGGCUGAUGGAUUGCAAAAUCUGCAAUGUGGGGCUAAAAACCCUGAAAGAUAUCUUCUGCUCCUUGAGGAGUGUGCGCACGGAACCAUUACCCAUUCGCCCAAGUACAGGAUGCUCGCACAAUCCGCGACACGAGUCGGCACCAGUGAACCCAGCGCCCCGGGUGGCUGUCUGCCACCGGGCUCACAGCCAUCUUGGUUUUCGCCUGGCAACGAGGGCAAGAGGGGGGUUUCAUGUGUGCCUGAAAGCCCCCACUCAUCUUACGGAUCAUUUACAAUUCCUCCUGUCCUCCAAUACCUGCUAGUCGACAUUUGUAUGCAACUACUCAUUAUUAUCUCGAUUUCCCCAAGAUCCUUUGGCCCUCGAGAUGAGGCUGUGAAGGCAUAG